AUGUCUCGAUUCUUCACCGGUGGCGACAGCUCCAGCGAGAGCUCCUCGGACGAGGAAGAACUUUACUCUGAAGAGGAGGAGGAAGACCAGGACGUUGAAGAGGACUCUGAUGAGGAGGACUCCGAUGAGGAUGAUGACGAUGACUCCGACGAUGAUUCCAGCGACUCAGAUGCUGGUGGCAAGCAGGGUGCCAACCGUUUCUUGAAGGAUGCCGACUCCUCAGACAGCGACGAAAGCGACGACGAGAGAGUCAAGACGGUCAAGAGCGCCAAGGACAAGCGCUACCAAGAGCUCGAGGCCAUUAUCAAGGCGAUCGAGAACGGCGAGAAGAUCAACGACUGGGGCUCCAUUUCCACAGAGUUUGACAAGCUGAACCGACAUGCAUCCAAGGUUGGCGGCGAUUCCAGCAACCCCCCCAAGGUCUACAUCAAGGCCUUGGUGGAACUUGAGGACUUCAUGAACGAGACCAUCUCCAAGCAGAAGGUCACUCCCAAGAAGAUGAACGCGACCAACGCCCGUGGUUUGAACGCCGUCAAGCAAAAGAUUCGAAAGCUCACCAAAGACUACCAGACCCAGGUCGAUGCUUUCAAGGCCGAUGAGGAUGAUUUCAUGAAGUCCGAAGACGAGGCUCCCAAGCCCAAGCCCAGGAAGGCAAAGGUCACCGACGUCUACAUUGAGGCCCCUACUGCCGAAGACGACGGUGAGUUCGCUACUGUCGGCAAGGGCGGAAAGGCCCUCCAAUUCACUCCCGAGAGUAUCUUCAAGCACCUCAGAUCCAUUGUCGAGUCACGAGGAAAGAAGAACACCGACCGCCUUGAGCAGAUCAAGAUCAUGGAGAAGCUUCAUGAGGUGGCAGUUACUCCUUACCAGAAAAUCCGAGUCCUCUUGACUCUCGUCUCUGCCAGAUUCGACCUUAGCAGCGGUCCCUCCAGCUCCAUGCCUGUCGAGCAGUGGAAAGCUGCCGAGAAGGACAUCUCUUCUCUUUUCGAGGUUCUCGAUCAGAACCAGGAUCACAUUGUUGUCGAGGGCGCCGAGGAGUGGGAGGAUGACGAGAAGCAGCCCACCAUCCUGGAGGGUGAGAAAUACCUCAAGGUUCCUGGCAGCAUUGUUUCAUUUGUGGAGCGCUUGGACGACGAGCUCACUCGCUCUCUGCAAAUCAUCGACCCUCACACUUCCGAGUACAUCGAGCGUCUGUCAGACGAAGGCUCCUUGUACAAUGUCAUCUUCCGUGGCCAGCUUUACUACGAGCACCUCCGCAAGGACAGCGCAUUGGAAGUGCCCCAGGAUAGCAUUAACCGCAUCGUGAUGCGCCGUCUUGAGCACGUCUACUUCAAGCCCGCCCAGGUUGUCAAGAUUCUGGAGGAGAACGCCUGGAAAGCAACAUCCACUGGUGUUGUCUCAACCAUCACGCCGCAAACCGAGGUCAUCGAGGCCGGCAAGCUUGUCAACGUCCUUUGUAACUACCUCUUCUCAAACAGCGAGGGCAUUAUUCGGGCUCGUGCUAUGCUAUGCCAGAUCUACUUUUUGGCUCUGCACGACGAGUACUACAAGGCUCGCGACAUGAUGCUCAUGUCGCACUUGCAGGAGACUAUCAACAGCUUUGAUGUCCUUACACAGAUCUUGUAUAACAGGACACUCGUUCAGGUUGGUCUCUGUGCUUUCCGCAAGGGUCUUGUGUACGAUGCCCAAAACACUCUGCAGGAGAUUUGCGGUUCUGGCAGGCAAAAGGAGCUCCUGGCUCAGGGUGUCAUGAUUCAGCGCUACGCUCAGGUCUCCCCUGAGCAAGAGAGACUGGAGAAGCAGAGACAGCUUCCUUUCCACAUGCACAUCAACCUCGAGCUGCUCGAGUGUGUAUAUCUGACCUGCAGCAUGCUUCUCGAGAUUCCUCUUCUCGCCCAGACUGGCUCUUCGCCCGAUGUUAAGAAGCGCGUCAUUAGCAAGACCUACCGCCGUAUGCUCGAGUACCACGAGCGCCAGAUUUUCACCGGUCCCCCGGAGAACACCAGAGACCAUGUGAUGCAAGCCUCGAGGGCUCUGGCUGCUGGCGAGUGGAAGAAGGCCACUACCUUCAUUCACAACAUCAAGAUCUGGGAACUCAUGCCCGACAGUGAUGGUAUCAAGACCAUGCUCUCCAAGCAGAUUCAAGAGGAAGGUCUCCGCACAUAUCUCUUCACCUACGCCCCCUACUACGACACACUCGCUGUCGCCACCUUGUCGGCAAUGUUCGAACUCGAGGACCGCAAGGUUGCUGCCAUUGUCAGCAAGAUGAUCAGCCACGAGGAGCUUGCCGCUGCUCUUGAUCAGGUCACAUCGACCGUCAUCUUCCGCAAGGGUGUUGAGUUGUCUCGCCUGCAGAGCCUGGCCCUCACCCUGUCCGACAAGGCUGCCGCCCUCAUCGAGACCAACGAGAGGACAUUGGAGCAACGUACCCAGGGUACUGCCAAUGCUUUCGACCGCCGCGGCCAGAACCAGCGUGGAGGUCAAAGAGGAGGUGGCCAGAGGGGAGGCAGAGGUGGCGCAAGAGGAGGUGGCACAGGUCAACGGCAAGCCGGCGGUACACAGUUCACCGGUGGUGCGCUGGGUGCUGCGGUUCGGGGCUAA